ACCGGAAGUGCUCUUGUUGUUCGCGUUUGCCGCUUUGACGCCAUUCUGCUGUGUUUUGUGUCAACUUGCUUCUUUUUUGACAUGAAUAAAACAAGGAUUUCCGCAGACGUGACCUCGUUUAUUGCUGCAGUGGAUGUCAGAGAGCUCGAGUAAUCACUGAGGCGGUUGAUGCUGUCCCAGCUCGUGCCAAGCUGUCAGCAUGGAUGAAGAAAGCCUGGAGGCUGCCAUCGCUGCCUAUGGGGCCCAGCUGCAGCAGGUGGAGAUGGCCCUGUCAGCUGGCCUGGACCCCAGCCAGCAGCCAGACCUGCUCAAGCUCAAAGAAGACCUCUGCCAGCUGAUAGCGCUAACAGAAGCCAGCCUUUUAUCUGUACAGAAAAGCCGGCUACUGUCCAGCCUAGAAGACAGCAACGGACCUCAGAUGAACACCUCAGAGGCAGCGGCUGAUUCCGGUGUUUUUGAUGCUGAAUUUGCUGCGUUUUACUCUGAACUAGGAGAAAGUUCUGGCAGCAGCUCUGAUACCAGAGAGAAGGAUAAGGACAGUGGGAGCGUGUAUUAUGAGGAGGAAGAUGAGGAGGAAGAUGAUCUUAGUGGUACCAAAGUAAGGGCGCCUUACAGGACAACAUGGGGGACGCUGGAGUAUCACAAUGCCAUGGUGGUGGGGGCAGAACCGGCUGCUGAUGGAGAGGAGGCACAAGUCAGGGUGCUCUACAUCUACCCCACCCAAAAAUCUAUGAAGCCCUGUCCGUUCUACCUGGAAGACAAAUGUCGCUUUCUGGAUAACUGCAGGUUUUCUCACGGUGAAGUGGUGUUUGUGUCGGAGCUCAGAGACUUCUUGGAGUGCGACCUUGGUAACCUCGAAGAGGGUUCGUCCUGCUUGGCUCGGCACGAGGAUGGUAUCUGGUACCCCGCCAAAAUAAAAGAACUUGACAGUGGUUUCUAUACCGUAAAGUUUGACUCACUGCUGCUGAAAGAUGCUGUCGUUGAGGCUGAUGGCAUCAUCCCACCUCUCAGAGAGGACGACCCACUCUCCUCAGACUCUGAUACUGAAGAACCUGGAGAUGGGGAGGCUGUGGGGUAUGCUAAAGUUCUGGACUCUGCCACAGAAUCCACGUUAGCAUCAAGCAGCGCUAACUUCGGUGGCUGGGAGGCUCACACUAGAGGCAUCGGAUCCAAGCUCAUGCUCAAAAUGGGCUAUGAAUAUGGCAAAGGUUUAGGAAAGCUGCAGGAGGGUCGAGUAGAGCCGGUGAUGGCGGUGGUGCUACCGAAGGGGAAGUCUCUGGACGAGUGUGCAGAGCUAACACAGAGACGCACUCAGAACAAGGCUACGAAAGACGGAACACAAGCUGCCCGUCCGAAACGCCGCCGGAAGCCCCGAGUUGCCGGAAAGCGGCAAACUGUGUUUGACUUUUUAAAUCACAAGCUUGGAGACAAAUGCACGGAUCCUGCAGAAGGGGGCGCUGCUGCGCCAUCGGCAGCGACGGCGACCGGGGUGGAAGCUUACAGAGCAGGAAGGAACGCCAAGAGGAGCCUGAAUGUGAAGCUGUUCCAGGCUGCUGAGAGGGUUGCUCAGACUGAGAGGGAGAUCCAGAAACUGAGCGAGUCACUGAGCAGGCAGACGGGCAGAGAUGCUUCCAGAGUUAAGCAGCUGGAGGAGCAACUGUCAGGGGCUCGCCGCCUGCUGGCCCAGCAGAAAGCACAGGAGCUCUCCAUCCAGAGCGAGCACAGGAAGGCCGACACACACAAGAAGAUGACCGAGUUCUGAUACCCACUUUUUUAUUUUAAGACUUCAGAAACAGAAAGGAGGCCUCCUGAAAAUAAAUGUUGUUUUCACUUCAGUUUUGUGUCCGGAUCACUUCUCACCGGCACUUUCCCAUCUUUUUUUUUUCACUUUAAAAGACAAAAGCUUUCUUCUGGCAGAGUUUAAAGCUACAAUAAUAUAAAAUAGAAGUUAUGAACAAUUUUUCUUCACGACUAAAAGUCUUGCUGAACUUGUUGUACUUUUAUUUCUAACUUACACAACUUUACAAAUAAAUCUGGUGCAAAAAAGA